GGAGGAACCUCAUUAACUCUUUGCCCACAACACAUCAAAUAUACAGUUUGUUCAUAGCUAGCUCCAACUUUCAGUUUCCAACACCCAGCUCAACUCUGUUUUUCUUUUUCUUGGGUCUUCUUUUCCCCCUCUGCUCUCCUAUAUAUAAGGCACACAAUGCAACAAGUAGAGCAAGCUCUUUGAGUCUUUGGAGUGCCCCUCGAAUCCUCACAUACUCCUUAGUAGUUAAAAGAGCUUCACCCUAAGAAUGGCAGCCCCUGAUGCUUUCCACUUGGCCUCUGUUUUUGGCAUUCUAGGCCAACAUUUUAUAGAAUUUUCAAGAAAAAAUCAACAGAAGGGUUCCAGUCCAUACCUUAUUCGGUGGCUCUGUUUAGCGCCAUGCUUAUGCUCUACUAUGCCUUCCUCAAGACCAAUGCUUUUAUGCUCAUCACCAUCAACUCCGUUGGUUGCAUCAUAGAAACCAGUUACCUUGUAAUGUACAUGAUUUAUGCACCAGCAAAAACCAGGAUUUACACAGCAAAGCUUCUUGUCCUGUUUAAUGUGGGGGUUUAUGGUGUGAUCAUAUUGAGCACCUACCUAAUUCCAAAUCAUUUUCUGCGGAUUAAAGUUGUUGGGUGGAUUAGUGUCGUGUUCUCUGUCUCUGUGUUUGCCGCUCCUCUGAGUAUAAUGAGGCUAGUUAUUAGAACGAGGAGUGUGGAGUUCAUGUCCUUCCCUUUGUCAUUCUGCUUAACUCUCUGUGCUGUAAUGUGGUUCUUCUAUGGCCUUCUAGUGAGGGAUUUGUUCAUAGCGGCACCAAACAUCCUCGGUUUCGCAUUCGGGUUAGCGCAGAUGAUUAUGUAUCUGAUGUUCAAGAACUCAAAGAAAUCUGUGUUACCAGAAUUUAGCCUCAAUCAGAUACCAAAUGUGGUUGCAGUAAAUGACAUUGUAGCAAGUGACAGUCAAUUGAAAACAGAGGACACAAAGAAGAGUUCUGAAGCUGAGGAGAAUCAGUCAACAGAGAGCAUGACAAAUGAUAGCAGGGCUGAAGAUGCAGCUGCCGAUGAGCCAAAUGAAUCAAUUGUGUGAUCAUCUAGAAUAGACCAAAUGAGCCAAGUGAAUCAAUUAUGUGAUUGCCUAGGGUUGGCACUGUGGAUAUUGCCAAUUAGUAUAGCUUUUAUUAUUAUUAUUAUUAUAUUUAUUUAUUUUCUAUAACCGAUAUUGGA